GCGAUCCGUUUACCACGCGACGCGGAAAAUCGGAAAAGUUUCCGAAGUUUUUCUAACACGGUUUGUUUCUAAAACUACCUACAUUUAUAGACAACACGUUCGAAAUAUUUUUGAAUAUUCCAAGAUGAAUGUUGAUAUCGGUAAACUGAGGAACUGCCUUGUCAUAUAGAAGACACGGUUCUAUGGAUGGUCCCUCGUAAAGCUAAGGACACUAAUUAAACGAUGCUGGUCUCUAUGGUAGCCGCCUUUUUUGUGCAACUUAUUCUUCGAAAAGACAUAAUUGCUGCAGUCAGUUGGGAAGAAUGGUGGACUUAUGAUGGCAUAUCUGGGCCUGCAUUCUGGGGUCUAAUUAACCCGGAAUGGUCGCUGUGCAACAAGGGCAGGCGGCAAUCGCCAGUAAACCUCGAGCCCAGUAAGCUGCUUUUUGAUCCCAACCUUAGAACUUUGCACAUCGAUAAGCACAGGGUCAAUGGAGCCAUCAUGAAUACCGGUCAUAGCGUGAUAUUCACUGUAGAUAACGACACUCGACAUCAUAUAAACGUAACGGGUGGACCGCUCUCCUACAAGUACCAAUUCCAGGAGAUUCACAUUCACUACGGCCUUCACGACCAGUUCGGCUCCGAGCAUUCCAUAAAUGGAUACGCUUUUCCUGCCGAAUUACAGAUCUUUGGCUUCAACUCUCAACUGUAUUCCAAUUUUACGGAGGCCCUUCACAAAGCGCAAGGAAUAGUGGUGAUAUCACUAUUAUUACAGUUGGGAGAUCUUUCAAAUGCUGAACUAAGAUUACUAACUGAUAAAUUAGACAGGAUAAGAUAUGGAGGUGAAGAAGUUGAAGUGAAACGGCUUUCAGUCCGGGGACUGCUUCCGGAAACAGACUACUACAUGACAUAUGACGGUUCAACGACCAUGCCCGCCUGCUAUGAGACGGCAACGUGGCUCCUCCUGAACAUGACUAUCAUCCAUGAUAAAUUACUAACCAAAAGCCUAAUCCGAUUAAUAAGCUGCGUCAUCAAUAUAGUUGAACAAGUGGAUACCUUGAAUGGGAAACAGUGCCCUAGCAUGUACAAAGAUGUUCACUACAAAGCCAACAGUUGGAGGCAGCACUGAGGAAGACGAUAUAAAGUCAGAGACUUUAUGUAAAGUAAAAUCGGUUAAUUGGUUGAUCAGAAAGACCUCAGCGUCGGACACCAGUGAGUGUUUCUAAUAAGUUCGAACUGUGGAGAAAUCAAACAUAUCACUUUGUAAAUGACUACAUACAAGAAUAAAUGAAAGUAAUAAAUUUAACGGUUAAAAAUAAUAAUAAAAAAAAGAAAUGAACCAGAAAAUGCAUCGGUCACGUGAAAAAGACUAUUAGGCAAUGAUUAAUUAAAUACGUACAAAGUAGAAUCAGUGAAUUAUUUUACGUACCCACCUUUUUUAUGGCCUGGUCGUUCUCUGAAUUGAAACAUAUCCUGAAAGUAUUUGUCGUUGCAGAAAUUUGUCGGAAAGUUCAAUUAAGGAUGAAUCAAAAUUGGAGGAAGUACCUACAUGCCCGAAAUAAAAAUGUUCAGUCUCUCAUAGUCUCUGAAAGCGAGACUCGAGUCUCCGUCUCUCAUCGAGUCUCUCUGGUGUCGCUGAGAGAAACUGUCGAGAGACUGUCUAAAAAACUGUCUCGAGUCUCUGAGCGAGAGACUCGAGUCGCUUAUACAAAAAUCCUCAUUUCGUAUACAGUCUCUGAACGAGAGACUCGAAUCUCU